AAUUAAAGAUAUUCAAGAGAUCUCUUGGAAAGUCUCCAAAGAAGCUUCAAGAUGGGCUCUUGAUGAAUCACCGGGUGACGUCCCCAAAGCAGGUGACUUCGGCACCGGGCACGGAGAAUGAACAAAGGGGAAGAUAACCGAAGAGCCACCAGAUCCUCCAGGGGACCUCUAGAUUCAGUUCAAGAUGCACAAAGCCAUUCUCGCACUUCGAAUAGCUUACAAAAUCACAUGCCAAGAAAGCUGAAUAAGCUGCGAGCGUCCUCUGGAUGCCAGCUGACUAGCCGCAAACGAAAGCUUUCCAACGAGGCUGCUGAAAGUAUUCCAGUUAGGGAACCAAAGACCAACGAUGAUAAAUCGGCAGAUCAUCAAAAUUCCGAUGACAUUUUAGAAAGACUUUCAGCUGUUCCUGACAGAGCAGAACCAUCAAGGGAACAAGCUUUCGAUGCCUCCGGGCUACAAGUGCCGAAUACAGAUAAUAGUUGUGGAAUUCGUGAAUCUGACGAAGAUAAUCAAAUUGUGCAACGCGUAGUCGAGGAGGCUAUGGACGCUGUAGUGCGGGAGGAAGAAAAAGACAUGGACGAAGACACUCGCCGGAUUAGGGAAGCUGAAGCUGCUCUCAGGUCACUCUCUGGAGAUUUUGAGCCAGACACUGGCAUGGACAUUUUCACAGGUGUGUGUGGUGUAGUGACUACAGAACGUCCUUUCUUCGAAAAUCUAUUUGAAAAGAAAGAAGAGGUGGCGCCAAAGACAGCGGAAGUAGUAACGAACUCGUGGAAGGACGUUGUAACUCUUAGCGCCUCCUCAAGCUCUUGCUGUAGCAGCGAGAGAUCACCUCUCAGGUCUCCAAUUCUCUCUCCUAUGGUUAGUACCCACAAUAUUAAGGAAGAAAGAAGGGAUGAACCAGAACCGGUCACCAGCCCUCAGUUCCCUCAACCAAAAGAAGAGGAAUUUUCUCCUCAGGGAGCGCUGCGAUCUCAGCAACAUCCCCAACAGCUACCCCAGCCCCAAACACCGAUUAGCUCUCCAGAGACCAACUUCAGUGUGCCAGCUUCUGUGGACGCCAAACCGCAAAGUUGCACAAGUCAGUACAGUUCUGCCGAUGAGGUUUUCGAUGAGUUCACGCCCUUGCCUCCGGCGCAGCCCCAGGACGAUAGUAGGAGCGUAGACGGAGUUGCUCCAAAUUCAGGGGCGGUUGUUAAUGACGGAGAGCCAUACGACGUCGCAAGCCUACUCAAAAUAGAAGAGGAAUGUGCCAAUAUCCAGUCUCUUGUAGAAUCAGAUGGUUUCACAAUGCAUACGGACGCUUACUCUAGGGAUCAACAUCAAAUGCAUGAUCUUAAACCGACCAAUAUGCAUGACAUAAGACAACAUCUUCAUCAUCAACCGCAACAACCACCACCACCACCUCAACAAUACUGCCGAAUGGAGGACAGUUAUGUUGGUGCUGGGGACUACUUUCCAUCUUACGCGUGUCCACCAACUAGCCCCGCAUCUAGAAGGUACCUUCUUCUCGAUUCCAAACUUCAGGAACCUAUCAAGAGACCACUCUCAUUCGAAGAACACUUAUUACCGUUGCCUGAAGAUGACCAUCCCUUGGUCAUCGACGAAGGGCGACAACAGCAUCGUUAUGGGGGAUUAGAAGAUGAGGACGACAGUAAUUCCUUGCAGUCAUGUAGUCAGCAGAGCGGUAGCACGCCACAUUAUAAUAACAGCUGCUGUGAGAUGAUGCCUUCUCCUCACUCUGAUAUGGGUGAUGGGAGGAGGAUGCUUGAGUGUCAACAACCCUCACCACAAGAUCCGUCACUUAGAGACGGAAAAUGUCCUACUCCAGGCUGCAAUGGCUCUGGCCAUGUUACUGGUCUGUAUUCUCAUCACCGAAGUUUAUCAGGCUGCCCGAGGAAAGACAGGAUAACACCUGAAAUUUUAGCCUUACAUGAGACAAUACUGAACUUAUCUGGUUGUCCCAUUGCCGCAAUGGAGAAAAUGGUACAAAAGGAACAAAGAGCUACGCCAAAACCAUCACCCCCAGUUGGACAAAUUCCCUCUGGUCCGUCAUCUCCUGACUGUGUUAUGAGGACAUUAUGUUACGUCAAACAUACGGAUAUGCCGGACUAUAGGUAUCCCAUGUAUGGACAGCCCGUUCGAUCUCCUAUGGAUAAAUACGGGCGAUCACAAACACCAGACUACAAUUCAUAUGACAGUCAAAGGUUUUACGGCAGGCCAAUGGUACCUAAGAUUAAAUCAGAAUCACCAGACGGGCAGACGAUGAUGAAUAAAUCAAACCUGCCAUUGCCCUCCAUGUGUGUUGGUCAGAGGAAUUCCGUUGUGGUAUCAUCAAAACAAAUAUAUUCUCCACCUCCUCCACCAACCGGUGAUUCAGAGCAGACAGAACCUGUCGACUUCUCUACCGGACAUGACGAACGAGUGAGGCCGGACUUAGCCGGACCUCACAUGUUACCUAAUCCCACACCUUCACCCUCACCCAGGUCGCCGGCCGCGGGACGGUCUCCCUUGGAUGCAUCACCACACUGCCCCCCGCAACAUGCCCCUUACCCACAAAGUCCUCUAGGACCACCCCCUCCGGCGGAUAGGAUACAGCAUCAUCAUUUGAUGCCUUCACCUCCGGAGUAUGUACCAGAAAAAUGCAUGCAGCCAAAAAUGAAAAGUCGCGGAAGGGAAGGACGGGAAUUAAUUCAUUGCCCUACCCCCGGAUGUGACGGCAUGGGACAUAUAUCCGGAAAUUACGCAACACACCGAAGCCUAUCUGGUUGUCCACAUGCAGAUCGAUCUCAAAUUCAAGCCCAACACCAGGAAUUAAAACCCAACUUGUGCUACAAUGAGAAAUCCAGUGGGCAAUGGUAUAGGUAUCCAAGCAGCCAGCAUGAUAAAUCAAUGUCACCAAUUCUCAGAUGUCCUACUCCUGGAUGUGAUGGUUCUGGCCACGUUACUGGAAAUUAUUCAUCACAUCGCAGUCUAUCAGGCUGUCCUAGGGCGAAUAAACCCAAGAAAAUGGUAAACAGAGAAGACAAAAAUGAUUCUGAACCACUCAGAUGCCCAAUACCUGGAUGUGAUGGUUCAGGACAUGUAACUGGAAAAUUUCAAUCUCACAGAAGCUGUCCAACACCAGGCUGCGAUGGUAGUGGCCACGCAAACGGUACAUUCCUCACUCACCGUAGCCUCUCUGGCUGCCCAAGGGCGGCCCAGGCGGUUCGUAAAGCUAAAGCAACGACUGAUGAAGACGCACCUGCUGUGCCCAUCAAGCAUCAGCCAGUAACUGGUGUGGAGGAUCUUUCCAACAUCCGAGCCCUGGAAGAAGAGAUAAUGGAACUCCAGGAAUACAAUGCCCGAGUGGAAUCGGAGAUGUACCAGCUCCGAACAGAUAUCACCCAAAUGGAGCAACCACAGAGACAUUCGGACCGAGAGAGUCCUCAUUCCACUGCUCAGAAGACAAACCACCUGACAGAGUAUUACGAAUCCCUUCGGAACAAUUUCAUCAACCUCCUGGACCACGUCCGGUUACCCAACUUAGACGAGAAACCUACCCCGGACAAUUUCGACACGUACUUGAACAGACUUCAGUCUCUCUGUGCGGACAACUCUAAAGAAGAAGAAAAUCGGAAUGUUUUCUCAACGGUCAAACAAGCAUUGCAGGACUUCUCCGCACCCAUGCAACAAGCCAAUGGUUGGGUAAGGUCUUGAAGUUUUGUAAUUGACCAUAGAUCCCUAUUCUACCUCCCACCAAACUCUGCCAGCUGGAGUUGCAAAACGGCACUAACGCUCAUACGCUUGUACAUAAAAAAUUGAGCUCUGCAUAUGGAACUCAUCAUACCAAGCAUAAAUACGUGUAAUUCCCGAGAGAAUUUUUAUUGAGAAAUUAUUAAAAAACUCUCUAACAUAGUUUAAAAGAAUAUUGUAUUGUAUAUAAAGGGAAGACUUCUAGUCUUCUCUUAGAGUAGAAGGCGACGAAGCUGAAACUAUAUGUCAACGAGUUCAAACGCAGAGGUCAACUGAAGAACGCUCACUUUCCAGUCACUUCUCUUCGUUUGACACUCCUGUUGCUGUUGAAGUUUACAAAGUUAGAAGGUAUAGAAGAUUAAAUAUUUGUAGAUUGCUUCCAACUGUUAGUUUUAAAAUACAGUCUUUCAGUGAUUAAGCAAAAUCAAAUUACAGAAAAAGAAAAAAUAGCUUUUGUUAUGCUUUUAUGGCAACUGAACCUCAACCAAAACUAUUCCAGUCAAAUACGAGUAUCAAACCAGGUAUACAAUACGUAAAAUAAUCUACGCUACUUGAAAAUGAUUUCUCAGACCUUGUUAAUUACGCCUCAGAAAGCCCAAAAAAUAGGACAAAUACCUUUUAGUAUGGACGAAGACUGAAAACAGUUGUUGUAGAACGUCGAACCGAACGUCGGAAAUGGCGUCAAAAUGUGAAUUUCUGGAAACUUCGUCUGUGUUAGUUCAUGUAAAUAGCUUCUUCCAGUGAACUUGAACGUAGUUCAACUAUUAUAUGAUGUGAUUCUCUCACCACCUGCAGGGAUUUAGACCCAUAGUGAUUUGUAAAUCACUUUUGUUGUUGGCGCUUUUUUUAAGUGUGUCCAUGUUACUGACGAAUGUAUAGUGUUAGAUCAUUUCGUUUCCUCAUCGCAAAGAAUUUAUGUUUCUCACAUUCGCGUAUUUCACAGUCAUACAUAACACAUUUUUUCGCGAUCUAUUUUUAUGGACUGAACCAUAUAACUACUUAGUUUUUCUGGUCUCACUUUAGCUCUAGAAGUGAUUUGCUCAUUUAUUUAGAAUAUAGCAACACUUUCAACAAAAUUCGUUGUACAUACUGAGAAACAAUGAAUAUCCAGCAGUUUGAAAAAUGUCAGAGAAAUAUGCAUAUAUGUAAUUCCAAAGAAUUCUAAAACAGUUAAUUAUAAUGGUAAGUUUAUUAUAAAUAAUUGUAUCAGUAUCCAUGCUCAUGGACGAAUUGUGCAUCAGAACUGUAAAAUAUUUGUUAAACAUUAUUCUAAUCUGAAUAAUGAAUAUAAAAUUAUUACAAAUUACGGUUUGGUAGAUCUGGUUAAAAUGCAUAUCACGGAAUACGGAACUCUAACAACCUAAC